CAUGUGACACAGCAAAUGUUGUAGGCCACAUUCAAUUUAGUUGAUAUGUGUAAAUGGAAACUUUCGUUUUAGUUGUGUCGUUUUUUAUUGAGGUUUCAUAUAGAUAAUAAUCUCUGCUAUUUCAAAAUAUAGCAAACUUCAAUUCUUAUGAAAAAAAAAGAGUUAUUAGAACAAUUCUAUCUCAUAAUCUGCAUAAGACUUAAUAUCAUUACCUAAUCAACAAAAGGUGGAAACUUCUGAAAUACAGGAAUAAACAAAACAGAUGCUUGAUUAGUAUAUUAAAAUAUGGAUACGAAAGACUGACAUAUGUGUAAAAUAUAAAUAAAGCAGAAUUUACGAGUCAAGAAUAACAGCUACUGGAAAAAUGAAUCAAAAAGAAGAGGCUGCCUUGAAAAAAUGUUCUGAACGGAUAAAGAAGGAUUUUGAUCCGAACUACCCCUCUCUUUACUCGCUGUAUGCAAAUGAUGUUAUAACCCACGAUGAUAUGGAAAACAUCAUGGCUAUGGGAUCAAGAGAAACCAAAGCCACAAAGUUACUGACAAUUUUACCAAGAAGAGGACCUAAUGCUUUCACUUCAUUUCGCAAUUUUCUCAAGAAAGAAUAUGACUGGCUUGCCAAAGCCCUGGACUCUGCAUUUCAACAUCAAACAAAAAAGUCAUCAGAUGAUGAAACACACAAGAAUCUAGUACAAGUUGUCAACAAAGAACUUGUUCCUCUUGUAUUCUCUGGACACUUUAGUUAUGCUGACCACCGGGACCAUAUAUCACAAACCAUAACAAAAGUUGGAUAUCUAACAACUAUGCUAGAGCAAAAGGUGUACAAGGCAUUAGGUUUGUCUCAAAAUCCUGGGAGCAAGGUAUCAUUAGAAAAACUUAUAGAAGCAAAGCUUAAAGAAGACAGAUCUGUUGAAGCUCUGACAACAGAAAUACAGACGCUGAAAAAGCGACUGAAACAGGAAGAGAAACUGAAAAAAGAGAUAGAAGGAUUAAAAAGUUCUAUUGAAAACAUGAAGAAAAAGCUAAAGGAAAAUCAAAAGGUGAUAAAAGACAGUAAGAAUGAAAGCAGACUUCUGAAAAAGAAGAAUGAGAAACUAAUAAAAGAAAUGGAAGUUUUAGAAAGGGAAAAUCAACAUAUGAAGAAAGAACUUGGCUCUUUUAAAUCUGGAUGUGAAAUCAAGGAGUUAUUCUAAGAGAAAAUAAGACUUAGAUGACAGCUAUCACACGGUCGUCACUGCCAUGUUAAAUGUUCUAUUAGAAUUUCGGUAAAACUGAACUUUCAGAUUCUUUGGUUAUAGCAGUUUUUGACUGAUGUAAUCCAGAAAAAUGUGGUUUCAUUCUAGUUUUUGUUGUAUUUGCCUUAAGCUCAGCUUAGAGCAAACUGUUAUAGGGCAGCUUAUUUCUUUUCAUGUGCAGUUGUGGCCAAAUAGGCCCAUGUUAAAAAUAUUAUGAAGUACAAUAUUGUUUUGUAAUAAAUGUUAUUUUGAAAACAAUA